GUUAUCGCCAUUAUCGAAUUAGGAAAGCCGAAACAGUUGUACAAUUUGUGGAUAAUCUGAAAUAAAUGAGCACCGAUCUGUUGCAAUUAGACGUGGACACGCUGUUUGAGCAGCACAGCGUGUCCGAGAUCGAUGCUGUGCAGAAGAAAAUCCAAACAGUUGUGGAGAAUAAGCGCGAAGAGCUGCGCACCAUGGUCGGCGAACGCUAUCGGGACCUGCUCAAGGCUGCCGACACCAUAGCUGCCAUGCAGGCGUCGGCAGGCACGCUCAUCGAGCAGGUCCACUGCAUCCAGAGCAAUUGUCGCAGCCUCAACGAACAGCAGCUGCUGGGCUUCAAGACCACGCCCUCCGAAACCGAAGAACUGCUACAUAAACGGGCGGUGAACAAACAGUUAAGCAACUACUACAGUACCAUGGUCCAGAUUAAACUGCUGAGCAGCCUGCCAGAGCUGAUCUGGACCCACCUUGACCAGGAGGAGUUCUAUGCAGCCACAGAGCUCUUUAUAUUCAGUAGACACAUCAGCACGGGUCUACAGCUGGAUGCGAAGAAUAUGCUCAUGCAGCGGUUGCCAGUGGCACAGAAGCAAUGGGAAAUCUUGCGUCCAUUCCAUAUAACCAUCAAACAGGCGGUGCUCGGAGUGCUGGAGCGAGAGCAGCUCAGCGCCGAUAUGGCGGUGGACUGCAUGUUGAGUCUGCUGUUGUUGGACAAAUGCGACUUGAGUCAGGUGCUUCAAACUUUUCUGCAGCUACGUUCCACAGCGUACUUUAACUGCCUGCAGAGUCAAAGCAGCGAAGGUGAAAAGGACAAGCCGAGGCGUGUCAAGGAGCGCAUCCUGGCCAGCUUGCACAUACUGAACGGCACCAUUGAGCUCCUAGACACCUGCUUACUAGCUGAUGGCCUGCUUUUUAAACGCUUAGCCGAGUGCGUGGCGCCUACUGUCGCACCCAGCAUAAAUCGCAUGGAUAGCAGCGAUCGAGAGUUGGCACAUCUGCUACCCGACAUUAUAGCCGGCUAUAAGCCGCAGUUUGAGACCCCAAAGCUAUUGCCAGAACAGCUGUGCGAUGCACUGCAGAAGUGGAUGUCGAAAAUUGACAGCUUGGCGGACAAACAUCUGCAGCCCAUCUUUGGGCUGGUCAGCAGCAUGCAGACCAUCCAAGACAUCAAAUUGGCAGCGGGCAACGCGCCCAAGCGCGACUAUGCCCAGCUGGAGCAGCAGCUAGCGCUACAGCAAGCACAAUUGGACUUCUACAAGCUGAAGUAUAUGCCGCUGAUCAAUGCGCGCAUUCGUGAGAUAAUACGCAGUAGCUGGGUGGAGGCAAUGCAGCAAACCUACGACGAGGUGGUCAAGCUCGUGGAGAACAGCAAUCCACCCGCACCACUGCAAAUCUGGCGAGAGCAGAGCGAUGAUCUUCCGUUGAGUCUGGCUGCUGCGCUCAGUGAUCAGCCGAAGCGCUUGGCCAAUCGCACCAAGGGCUACGAGGCGCCCACCAUCACACUUUGCGCUCAGUUCGAUGCGCAGCUGGCAGCGAUUGUACAGGAGCUGAAUGUGCUGCUCCAAGAGCAAGCAGCCCGCAGCGAGGAUAAAUUGGCGUUGAUCAAUUUUCUGCGCGAAACGGCGGAGCAGCAAUUGACGAGCUAUCUGACUCAAUUGAAGGCGCUGCGUCUGAAGGAGCGUCAGGCUCUGUUGCAGGCGCUCCGCAAUACGCUGGCCCUGGUCGAGCUGUGCCCCCAUCUGAAGCUCUGCUUCUGCCAGCCCAGCAGCUGGCGUCAAUGGGUGGGCAAUCAGACAGCUGCCGGCGCCGAGCAUUGGCAACGUUUGUGUGCACUGAUCGAAGAGGAGCUGAUGCAGUUCUGGCAGCUGGUUGUCGACGAUAUUCUAGCUACGCACAGCUGCGCGGAUAAGCUGCCACAGACCAUAACACACGAUGUUGUCCUAAGGGACUUUGCUCUGUGGCAAACGCUUACUCUGGAGCAGCGCGAUGAGGAGCACGAUCAGAGUGUCCAGUCCACCAUACGCAUACCCAGCCAGCCACGUCUCUCGCUCCAAACAUUCUUGCAUCAAUUGAUUGAAGCCCUGAACACAGCCGUACCACAAACGCUGCCCUCAAAAGUGCUUCAGGCUUUCAAUCAGAAGCUACUCGGACAACUCUUGACUCACUACGAACAUCUGUCGGCUGCAGAGAGCACUAAAAGCAGCCAGAACAUUGCGCUGCAGCUGUACUUCGAUCUGAAGUUUCUGGAGCGUGUGUUUGGGGUGAAUCGCGAGGAGCGCAGUCUCUACGAACGGUUCCAUGUGCUGCAGCGCAGUCUGCGCGACUGCAUCGAUCCGUUUGAUUUCGAGCUGUUCGCCGAGCACAUAACUACGCACGUUUCUCGCUCUACGGCUCGAUUGCAUGGCGAACUGGGCGUUCUCACACCUCCGCAGGAUAACACGCAGGUUGCAAACGCUAGCUCGCUAUCCCAUGAGGCCGAUCCCAAUGUGCUUUGUCUAAGCUCCUCCGGCUCCACGUCGCUCUGGUUCCCAUUGUUGCCUAUUGUUAUGCCGCAGGCGGCAUCAACGACCACUCUUCCUGUCGAGCGCAAGCCCCCUGCCACGGAGGCAGAUAAGGCGGCAACAACACCGACCCGCAAGCCCGGCACACGCAGGAGCGAUGGGAGCAGCAAAUCCAAGUCGAGCGCCGCCUCAUUCUUCGGCAUGUCCCAGGAGUGGUUCCGUUAGAGCCGUUUGCCAUCAAUGCCACAGCGAGUGCUCACAGCAGCAGAUGAGCCUAAUGAAGUGGCCAAGUGGAGUGCACGAAACGCGCUCAUCCAACCGGAAAUCCAAUGCAGCAACAGCAGCAGCAGCAGCAGCAACUGUCAUUGCUGUCUAUUCAGUUGUGUAAUGACUGUGUGCUGGGUGUGUUUGUGUGUUAACUGUUCCAUUCCAAGCGUUUACGAUCCAGAAAAUGUUCAGUAUGCAGCAUGCAGCCAAAUAUCGUUAUUCAACUACUGUUUCUUCAUUUAUAAGCUCCUCUUUGAAUACAUCUUAAAAAUAUAGUGGCAUAUUUAUUCUUAUAUUGUAACUUAA